AUGGUGAAAGCAUCCUACUUGACCGGCCCUGAAUUGGAGCAAGCACGGAAUGUGAUCAGAAUCGACGACGAGGAUACGUCUGAGUUUAGCGAAGAAAGCUUGGAUGAUGCUGUAGGCGAUUAUCGAGAUUUGGCUGGACUGAGUGAAUCAGAUGCUGACCAGCCUUCAACAUCCACAGGGUUGCGUGCCAGCAAGCGAAGAAGAUUGAGCGAGACAGGCGAUGACGCUUCUGGGACGCGAGCAGCGAGAGGACAGGAACAAGAAAGGCGGAGGAAACGCAGAAGUCCACGUCCAGGACGCGGCAGAACACCACCGGCUGAAGAACAAGAACGAGGACAAGGAGGAGAACAGGAAGCAAGAGGAGCAGAAGAUCGACCAGAGGAGCGAGAAGAAGAACCGCCAGUUGAACCAGAAGUAGAAGAAAGAGAGAUAGAGCCAGAAGUAGAACCGCCAGUUGAACCAGAAGUAGAAGAAAGAGAGAUAGAGCCAGAAGAAGAACCGCCAGUUGAACCAGAAGUAGAAGAAAGAGAGAGAGUUCCAGAAGAAAGACCAGAAGAAGAGCCACAACUCACUGAACAGUUCAUAAGGGACGUGUUGGAGCGCGGUGCAGAGGCACGAGAAAAGUAUGAGAAGCAGUUGAAGAUUUUAAUGCGUGAGCGUUAUGCUUCACCACUGCCAGAUCCAGCAGAUCCCACGAAUGUCGUCAGGUACAUGCAAGAGCUGAACGACAAAACCUAUACAGGAGGACUGGGAUACUAUCGUAGUGAGUACGAGCAGCAGUGUUUCGAUCAACGACGCCUAGCUCAACCGAUUCAGGACUUUCCUUGGCUCGAAGUGCGCGAUAUUCCUAGCAUCAAUGGACGAGGAAUAUUCGCUAAAACUCGCAUAUUGAAGGACCAAAUUGUUUGCGACUACAGGGGCCUAUUUUUGACUGUGGAAGCGCGAGACAGGAUGCUAGAGCAUAUGACC